AUGGCCCCAAUCCCUAUAACAAUCGUCACCGGAUUCCUCGGUUCAGGAAAAACAACCCUCCUCCUCAACCUAAUCCCGCAAUUGCCACCUUCCUACCGGCUCGCCCUUCUAAAAAACGAAUUCGGCGACGUGGCCGUCGACUCCCAACUCGCCUCCACGCAAUCAAUCUCCGGCGUCCGCGAGCUGCUAAAUGGCUGUAUCUGCUGCAACCUGGUCGGACAACUCAGCGACGCGCUCAAUCAGCUACGCGAUGAAGUGCAGCCGGACCGAAUCGUCAUCGAGACGAGCGGGAGCGCAUUCCCCGCUACGCUGGCGAUGGAGGUGAACAGGCUAGCGCGCGAACAGGGGGGCCACUUUGUGCUAGAUGGUGUGAUUAGCGUGAUUGAUGUGGAGAAUUGGGAGGGAUAUGAGGAUACGUCGUACACGGCUAAGUUGCAAGCCAAGUACACGGAUCUGAUUAUUUUUAAUAAGUGGGAGAGUGUUCCCGAGCAGCGGUUUGAUGUCUGCUUGGAUCGGGUUGGAGAUUUGGAUAUUGAGACGCCUUGGGUGAAGUCUGAGAAGGGGAGAGUGGAUAAGGGUGUGUUGUUGGGGAUUGAUGGUGCGCUCUUUGCGAAGGAGGACAAGCAUGGUCUAAAUGGGGUAGAGCAUGGCCAUGACCAUGAGCACAAGCAUGACCACCAGUCCGAAGUCGAGGUGCUUUCUGUGAUGCUCAAAUCCUCCUCGUCGGACACGACAAUGGACAUCCCUGCUUUGGAGCAGCUUCUUUCCUCUGUGCCGAGAGAGGAAGUCUACCGCAUCAAGGGGAUCAUGCGCUGUUCUACUCAAAAUCCACCGGCAGAGUCAUCCGACAAUCUCGAGGCGCGCCAGAAAUCCGAUUCUCCUGCCUGUCAGGACUAUAUCCUGAACUGGGCUUUCGGACGCUGGACGUGCACCCCUUCUGCCGUGAUGGCCGAGUUUGCCGACCCGACGGUGGUCUCUCGCAUGACUUUCAUCUGUGCUCGGUAUGAGUCUACAAAGUGGAAAAAGAAGCUCGAGGCUGGCGGACUUGUGCAAGCAAACGAAGCCGAUCUGACCGUGCAGAAACUGGCCUAG